AUGUCGGAUUGGGCGCCGAUAUUGCUGGGAGUGCUUCUAUUCAUAGUGCUGUCGCCGGGGCUGGUGUUUCAGAUGCCCGGGAACACGAAGCACUUCGAGUUUGGGAGCCUGAGAACCAACGGGAAGGCAGUGAUAGUCCACACUCUCCUCUUCUUCGCCGUCUUCACCAUCCUCAUUCUAGCCCUUCAUGUCCGUAUCUACAUGGACUAG